AUGGAACAGCUUGAUAAGGCAGUGAAAGAUGCCCACACCGUAUGUUGCGAGCUUUCUUGUGGAGUUCUAAUGCAACACAUCAAACGAGCAAUGUUCAAUGGUGAUAGAGGCACUGAUGCUGAAGUUGACGUCAGCGUAGACGAUGAACAUGUUGUUGAAAACAACGCUGAAGAUAUCGCUCCACCAGCUUCGUUUGAAGAUGUUGAACUGCCUGAUGAGGUUGUGCUAGUAGAAGCAGUGAAUUGA